AUGUCAGCUGCGGCCGCCUCCUGCUGUGCUGCGCAUCCUCACCAGUGCAAGCAACCCUUCCUUCCUUGCAUUCCUUCCAUGGCUCGGACAUGGCAGCAAUUCGGCGUCGGCGUCAUGGCACACCGCUGCCAUGGACCGGCGGCGGAGCGGGUGUUCGAGGACUUCGAGCCGGCGGUGGAGUGGAAGCUGGCCGGGGAGGAGCAGGACGUGGUGGAGAUCUCGCUGCCGGGGUUCCACAAGGACCAGGUGAGGGUGCAGUUGGACAACCACGGUGUGCUCCGCGCCACCGGCGAGUGCCCCACCAGGGGCGGCAGGUGGGCCAGGUUCAAGAAGGACCUCCGCCUCCCCAACAACUGCGACUCCGACGGCGCCCGUGCCAGGUUCAAGGGCGAGAAGCUCAUCAUCAUGCUCCCCAUCGUCGCCGUCGCCACCACCGCCGCACUCACCGACUCCGUCGCCGCCAGAGCCUAG